AUGGCAGCCGCCAAAGACUCAGCGAGUGACGCUGCUACCUCUGCUCCCUCCGGCGGCAAACCCGCAGGCUUCCUGCACCAGCCGUAUACCCGCGCCGCUCUGCCCUUCAUCAACGGCGGACUAGCCGGUAUGACCGCCACCGUCGUGAUCCAGCCCGUCGACAUGGUAAAAGUGCGUCUGCAGCUCGCCGGCGAGGGAGCUCGCACCGGUCCCCGACCCUCUGCUCUCGGCGUCACCCGCGACAUCAUCGCCUCGGGCAAAGUCCUCGACCUGUACACCGGUCUUUCCGCCGGUCUCCUCCGCCAAGCAGUCUACACCACCGCCCGCCUGGGCUUUUUCGAGACAAUCAUGAAGGCCCUCAACAAGCGCGCCGAAAGCACAGAGCGAAAAGUGACCUUCGCCGAACGUGCCGCCGCAGGGCUGACAGCCGGCGGCGUGGCGGCCAUGAUUGGAAACCCGGCGGACUUGGCUCUCGUGCGCAUGCAGUCCGACGGCCUCAAGGCCCCCGACGCCCGCGCCAACUACCGGUCCGUCUUUGAUGCCCUUGCGCGCAUCACCCGGGCCGAGGGACUCGGUGCGCUGUGGGCUGGUGCUUCGCCGACUGUGGUUCGUGCGAUGGCGCUCAACAUGGGCCAAUUGACUUUCUUCUCCGAGGCCAAGUCGCAGCUCAAACAACAUACUUCGCUCUCUACUAAGAGUCAGACUUUUGCCGCUUCCGGCAUUGCGGGUUUCUUCGCUAGUUUCUUGUCUCUGCCUUUCGACUUCGUCAAGACCCGUCUCCAGAAGCAGCAGAAGGACCCUAAGACUGGUGCGCUGCCUUACAAGGGAUUGGUUGAUUGUGCGCGCAAGGUUGCCAAGGAUGAGGGAUGGCUGCGUUUCUACCGUGGCUUCGGAACUUACUACGUUCGGAUCGCUCCUCAUGCUAUGGUCACUCUUAUUGUGGCUGAUUAUCUCAACCUCAUGACCAAGUAA